AUGCUGCUGCUGCUGCUGCUGCUGGUGGUGGUGGAGGGCACCGCGGAGCUGCCGGCGGCGAGUCGCGCGCUGUUCCUGGAGAAGGCGCGCCAGAGCAACGCCGCGUGCCAGGCGGGCGACUACGCGACGGCCGUGGCGCUCUACACGGACGCGCUGCAGCUCGACCCCACCAACCACAUCCUCUACUCCAACCGCUCCGCCGCGCUCGUCAAGAUGGGCCAGUUCGCGCAGGCGCUGCAGGACGCCAUCCGAGCGCGCGAGCUCAACACCAAGUGGCCCAAGGCAUACUACCGACAGGGAGUGGCUCUGCAAUGCCUGGGUCGCCACGGGGACGCGCUGGCUGCAUUCAGCUCGGGGUUGGCCCAAGACCCCAAGUCGACACAGCUGCUGGCCGGUCUCGUCGAGGCUUCCAUGAAGUCUCCGCUCAGGGCAACCCUGGAACCAACCUUUCGGCAACUGGAGGCAAUGAAACUGGACAAGUCACCAUUUGUGAUAAUCUCAGUGGUGGGACAGGAACUGUUGGCAGUGGGCCAGUAUGCAGCUGCUGUCGUCGUGCUGGAAGCCGCUCUUCGCAUUGGUACCUGCAGCCUCAAGCUUAGAGGCUCCGUUUUCUCCGCCCUAUCCUCUGCGUAUUGGGCACUUAACUCGCUGGAUAAGGCCAUCAGUUACAUGCAGCAAGAUCUUGCUGUCGCCAAAACGCUGGGUGACAUAGCAGGCGAAUGUCGGGCACACGGCAACCUAGGUUCUGCGUACUUCAGCAAGGGGAGUUACAAAGAGGCGCUGACUUCCCAUCGUUACCAGCUUGUUCUUGCUAUGAAAUGCAAAGACACCCAAGCAGCGGCUGCAGCACUGACAAGCCUUGGUCAUGUCUACACUGCAAUUGGAGACUACCCAAAUGCAUUGGCAUCACACAAGCAAUGUGUGCAACUAGUCAAGCAAAUGGGUGAUCGACUGCAAGAAGCACGAGAAAUUGGAAAUGUCGGUGCAGUGUACUUAGCAAUGGGGGAAUUUGAGAGUGCUGUUGACUGUCAUACACAGCACCUAAGGCUUGCAAGGCGUCUAGGAAAUCAGGUGGAAGAAGCACGUGCAUACAGCAAUCUUGGCUCUUCACAUCACUACCGACGCAACUUUGGCCAGGCGAUAGCAUUCCAUGAGAAUGUGCUACGCAUUGCGCAGGAGCUUGGAGACCGCGCCGUUGAGGCUCGUGCCUAUGCUGGCCUUGGGCAUGCAGCUCGCUGUGCUGGAGAUUAUGCCCAGGCAAAACGCUGGCAUGAACGCCAGUUGGAUAUGGCACUUGCAUCACGAGAUAAAGUUGGAGAAGGGAGGGCAUGUUCGAAUUUAGGUAUUGUCUACCAGUUGCUGGGGGAACAUGAUGCUGCUCUCAAACUACACCAGGCUCAUCUCAGCAUUGCAAGACAGCUGCAUGACCGUGCUGGCAUGGGUCGUGCUUAUGGAAACAUUGGAAAUGCAUACAGUGCCAUGGGAUACUAUGAGCAGGCUAUCAAGUACCACAAACAGGAGCUGACGAUAUCAAAAGAAGUGAACGACCGCAGUUCAGAAGCGUCAACACACGGAAACCUGGCAGUUGCUUAUCAAGCUUUGGGUGCACACGAGAUGGCACUACUUCAUUAUCGUGCUCAUCUCAAUACAGCCCGUGAGCUUAAAGACACUGCAGGUGAAGCUUGUGCUCUGUUAAACCUAGCCAACUGCUUGUCGUCGAGAGGCGAAUUUGCUCAGGCUGUGCCCUUCUAUGAGAAUUACCUAAUGCUUUCUCAGGAAUUACAUGAUAUCGAAGGGGAAUCCAAAGCAUGUCACUUCCUGGGAUAUGCCCAUUACUGUUUGGGUAAUUAUCGUGAAGCAGUACGUUACUACGAUCAGGAUCUAGCACUUGCCAAAGACUUACAAGACAAGAUGAACAUGGGACGUGCAUACUGCAACCUUGGUUUGGCCCAUCUUGCCUUGGGAAAUUUAGAAACUGCACUUGAAUGCCAAAAAUAUUUCCUAGCCAUAGCUCAUAUGAUGAAGCACCUCCCAGGCAAAUUCCGAGCGCUUGGUAAUAUUGGUGAUGUGCUUAUCAAGAUGGGUGAUGUAGAAGAGGCUGUGAAGAUGUACCAAAGGCAGCUGACAUUUGCACGGCAAGGCCGCGAUCGGGGCCUUGAAGCAGCUGCAUAUGGGGCUCUGGGGCUUGGCCACAGAUUGCUCCGGUGCUUUGACAAGGCUCUCGGAUACCACACUCAGGAACUAACUCUCCGGCAGGAGAUGGGUGAUCUCAAGGGAGAGUGUCGUGCACAUGGGCAUCUAGGAGCUGUGCACAUGUCACUUGGCAACUAUACAAAUGCCAUGAAGUGCUACCAGGAACAGCUGGAAAGGGCAAAAGAGCUGAAAGACAAUGCAGUGGAAGCACAGGCUUUUGGUAACCUUGGAAUUGCCCGUCUCAAUAUGGGUCACUAUGAAGAUGCAAUAGGAUAUCUGGAGCAGCAGCUUGCUACACUAGAGCAACUUUCCUCAUCCACGGCACUAUUAGAUAAGGGUCGAGCAUUCGGCAAUCUGGGUGACUGUUACGAUGCUUUGGGUGAUUUUGAAGAAGCUGUGAAAUGUCAUGAACAACAUCUUUCAAUUGGAUUAAAGUUGAAAAGUCUUCGUGACCAGGAACGUGCUUAUCGUGGGUUAGGUCAUUCCCACAAGUGCCUAGGAAACCUGCAGCAAGCGUUAGUGUGCUUUGAAAAAAGACUGGUUGUUGCACAUGAACUUGGAAGCCCUGAAGCUAAAGCAUCUGCAUAUGGUGAGCUUGGUCACAUACACAGUACCCUGGGUCAUUUUGAACAAGCUAUCUCUUGCCUGGAACAUCAGCUUGCCAUUGCCAGGGAACUGAAAGACAAGGUGGCAGAAGCAGAUGCUGCAUGUGGGUUGGGUACUGUCUACCAGCAGAUGGGAGAAUAUGCAACAGCACUCAGGUACCACCAGGCUGACCUCGACACUGCAGAAGAGCUAGGUCUGGCAGCACUACAGGGGCGUGCCUGUGGAAACCUGGGAACAGUGCAUGAAUCACUUGGCAACUUUGAAGAAGCUGUUCGAUAUCAGGAGCAGCAUUUAUCCAUUGCUGCACAAACAAAUGACAAGCUUGCCAAGACAAUGGCAUACAGCAGUCUAGGUCGAAUACAUCAUGCUCUUGGCAAUACAAGCCAAGCAGUAGCAUACUUGCAGCAGGGUCUGCAGAUAGCAGAACAUCUUGGUCGCCGGGAAGAGGAGGCUCGCAUAAGGCACAGGCUUGGUCUCGCACUGUGGGGGCACGGGGACCUUGAAGGAAGUCAGAGCCAGCUGGAAAGGGCAGCGGCUCUGCUCGAGACCAUCCGCAGGGAGGCGCGGGGCUCUCCCGACUACAAGCUCUCACUUUAUGACCUCCAGACAGCUUCAUACCAGGCUCUCCAGCGCGUGUUAGUGGGUCUCGGGCGCCAGGAAGAGGCACUUCUAGUCGCAGAGAGGGGGCGGACACGAGCUGGCUCUGCCCCGGCGCCCCGCCUGGAUGACAACACCCCCAAUUCUGUGGAGCAGCUACUGGAGAUAGUCAACAGGCAAAAGGCGUCUGUGCUCUACUACAGCUUGGCUGCAGGCUACCUCUACUCUUGGCUUAUUGUGCCAACAAAAGGUGUGGUAAGAUUCCAUGAAGUGGCUGUUAGUGAGGUUGAGGCUGAACGAGAGCAAGAAGCUAAUGGAGAGGAACUCCUGGCAACAUCAGGCUCUCUGCUGGAGCAUUAUAUACAAAGUGUUCGAGACAGCUUGGGCGUGGAACUACACACAAUGUCCAGGGGACGAGGCAUCAUGGGUGAUAUGGAUGCUGAUGCUUCAGAUAUUUGGUCACAGCACUUGGAAGAACUUGGUGAUCGCCUAAAUCAGGAUGCUGAUCGAACUGGCUUCCUGCGUAUGGUUAAUCGCAACCAUCUCUUCAAUUCCAGCAACUACAGUCUUAGCAGUCUUUUCAGCCUUGGCAGUGUAGGUGGCAGUGUAGCAAGUGGACCAGCGUCACGUCCUGGCUCGACGCGGUCACGACAGCCACCACACCAGUCUUGGCAGGGGCCAUCCUGCCUAGCAGCUCUCUACCAGCUGUUGUUGGCUCCAUUUGAAGACUGCCUCCCCUCUCUUUGUGCUAAAGGCAGCAAAGGCCGUCGUGAACUGUUGCUGGUGCUGGAAGGUGAACUGUAUUUGGUUCCAUUCCCCGUUCUGAAGCCAGCCACAGAGGGGCCAUGUGAAUACUUGUGCGAGAGGUUCAGCCUGCUCGUAGUGCCAUCACUCUCAUCACUCCGUGCGUCCCAGCGCUCCUCCAGGGCACUCACAGCCAGCAAGGCCAGUCCGGCUGGUUCAACAGUCACUGCUGCACCUGGUAUGGACCAGACACAGCAGAGCACCAACAUGUCAGCACUGGUGGUGGGAAAUCCAAGACUUCCUGGCUCAGUCACUGAGCAGUGGGGUUGGAGUGACAUUCCGUAUGCUGAGCAGGAAGCUGCCAUGGUGGCGGAGAUGUUACAGGCAAAGGCGUUGGUUGGGGCACAGGCUAGCAAGGAAGCAGUAUUACGACAGAUCGGUGAAGCUGAAUGUGUACAUCUGGCUACGCAUGUGUCCUGGAAGUUGUCAGCGAUUGUACUCUCUCCAGGAGAUGUGGUUGACUCACAACAGCCAAAGAGGUACUUUGCCACUGCAGGAUCUGAUCCUGGACAUGAGCAGGGAGAUGAAGAGGGAUCAGAGGUGUCAAGCACUACGGAGCUGCCGGCGCCCAGUGAGUUCCUGCUGACAGCGGCAGACCUGCUGCAGCUGCGGCUGUCGGCCCGGCUGGUCGUGGUGAGCAGCAGCCACACGAGGGACCAUCACGGCUGGGCAAGUGCUGAUGGUGUGGUCGGCCUGACAAGGGCGCUGCUCGCUGCCGGCGCUCAAUGUGUCUUGGUCUCACUCUGGCCUGUGCCGGACACGGCAGCACGCCUCCUACUCAGAGCUUUCUACUCUGCUCUCUUGCAGGGUUCACGUGUAUCAAAAGCUCUAGCAGAAGCCAUGCUAACUGUGCAACAUACUAAGCAUUUUGCUCAUCCUGCCAACUGGGCUGGUUUCCUAUUGGUAGGAACAGACGUGCGCCUAUCAAACAAGGUGGCUCUCAUGGGCCAGGCUCUGUGUGAACUCCUCAAGAGUCCUGACAAGUGUCGUGAUGCUCUCAGAGUCACUCUCCAUUUGGUCGAAAAGUCACUGCAAAGAAUCCACCGUGGCCAGAAGAAUGCCAUGUACACAACGCAAAAGAGCAUAGAAAAUAAAGUGGGCCAUGUAAAUGGAUGGAAAGAGCUGUUGAUGUCUGUGGGAUUCAGAUUUGAACCUGCAGCCAAUGGCAUUCCAUCAUCUGUGUUCUUUCCUCAGAGUGACCCAGAGGAAAGGUUAACUCAGUGUAGUGCCAGCUUGCAGGCUUUGUUAGGUUUAACAGGUACAUCUUUGUAUGCUCUGUCUAAACUCAUGUCGAAUGUGGAAGUGGCAGAUGACAUCAUUGGAGUCAUACGACAAGUUAUAGGACAGUUCAGCAUGAAGAAUCCUGAAACAGAUAGUGUAGAAAUACCUAUCAGUGUGAAACUAUGGAGGGUUCCUGGCUGCCAUGAAUUACUUGCUUCCCUAGGUUUUGACCUCAUGGAAGUUGGCCAAGAUGAGGUUACUUUAAGAACAGGCAAGCAGGCAAACAGAAGAAACAUUCAGUUUGUUCUCCAGGCCUUACUUGCAUUAUUUGAUACACAAGAAGCACCCAAGAGCCUCAGUUUGGACUCAUCAAGUUCACUGGAGAGCUUGACAUCACUAGACGGAGAUGAUGAGAGGGUUGGAGGUGGAUCUGGAGGCCUACGAUCCAGGUCCCCACCACCUGUAGCAAUGCCACCACCCCCACUGCCUUUCUCCCUGCUGCCUGGACACCGCAGUACUGGUGGAGCCUUCACAAGCUAUGUCCGUAGGAGAGGAGAACCCGACGGCCAUACAGCGUGUGCACCAGAGACAGUGACUGCUGCCACUGUCACAGCAAACACCAGCAGUACCACUUCAACAGCUGCAGCUCCUCCAGCCAAACCCACCAUCGUUGGGAGACCUGGAGGUGGUGGUGAGAGUGAUGCCGCAUUCACUCCGAGUCCACCGGUCGUUCAAGACAUCGCAACGCUUACACUCGCACACCAGACGCGUAUACGUACACUGUACUCAGGCAAUAUUGCAGGCAGUGGCAAGGGCGGUGGCGGAGGAGGUGACGGAUCACCCCCAUCCGGUGAGACGAGUGUGGCACUACUGCGCUGCAGCAGGCCUGCCAGUUCCAGUUCAGCGAGCUCUGCCACAGACUGGGAGGGAUCCGGACACAACACAGUGCUCCGCAGGGCGGCACAGCAGAUGCCCUUGCCUCCACUGCCCCCUCCGCGACAGGUUCCCGCCCCGCCAGCACCUGUGGUCGAGGCUCUGCACCCUCUGCCACCUUCGACACUGUAUAACCCUGGAGGCGAGUCUCAGCACAGCUCUGAUUCUGACUUUGGUAGUCCAGUGAAGUCUGUCUUCAAAACGACACGAUCAAACUACCAUAAUGCACCCACCCUCAAGCUUCAGUCCACCUCUGCAACAUCGUCCGUGCAAAACCCACAGCAAGCUUCAAUGUUAGAAAGGCUGAGUGUGAGAACUGAGCUCGGGAAUCUGGGAAGUGCCGGGUCUAGAAAACCACUGGCGUUGAGUUCUGGUGAUGAAGGGACUUUACCAAAUAUUAAAGAUUCAUCAUCACGUAUUCAUUACUUCCCUGUUGCAGAUAGUAAUGAUACAAGUGAAAGCAAGACAUUUGAAGAGACACCUGAUGUAAUGGCAUCUAACAGCAAUAAUGCUAGUAGCAGUAGCACUCAGAACAACAACAGCAACAGCAUACAAGACCAGAUAAUUGCAACGCAACUCAGGCGCCUGAAUCGUGAACUGACGCCGACAAUAUCAGACGUGUACCACGAGCGCAACAUCGGCCUCGGCCUCGCACCGCCCCUGUCGAAGUUGCUCUUGCCAUCUCGACAAGCCGCGGGUACAGUUGGCGCCAAAGAGAACCAGCAGCACGUAAACGAAGUGGAAUCUGGUACCGGUGAAGCACUUCUCGCAGCUGGUCUUGAUAAACUGGGAUUGCUGUCCGAGGAGUCUAAGUCAGGCACAGACACGUCGACAUCGAAGGCACCGUGGCUAUCACUGCAACAGUUCCAGCAGAGUGGUGGAGAUCUGUCUACUGCUGAUCUCCUUGCCGAAAGUAAGGUUCGUGCAACUGGUGGCUCUCCGUGCAGUGAACUGAGUCGCAGAGACGAAGGAGAUGGGCGAUCUAUUGCAGAUUCACAGUGCAGUGCAGGCUCCUACAACAAGCCCUCACUUUUAACGAGGGCAAAUCCAGGAAUUUAUUUUGGACAGGAUGAUCAGAAGAUGCAGCCAGCUAGAGUGGUCAGCUUCCUGGAAGAUGUAGUUUCAAUGGGUGCAGAUGAAUGUGGGGGUUCGAGUAAGUCGAGGGGUGCUUCCAGAGACAGUAACACAGCACCCCUUCCCAGGCUGAGGGCUUCUAAACAGCCCCCACCCCCAGUUCCCACUUCUAGGCCCCCACCCACAUCUGUGAAGUUCCCUGGAGGUUUUGGACAUCAACAGCAACCACCCUCACAGUGCUGAUUAUAGCUACAGUGAGAGUGAGGACUGAAUCAUUCAUUAUAUGUGCUGCAAAACUGUUUUGUUCUUACAGUACCAGUACUUCUGUUACAUGUGAAAGUGAGUGUUGAGUGUAUAAAUUUAAUUUUUUGUCAUCAGUUUAUCUUCUUAACUGUGCUUCAGUUAUAUAAAAAAUACUGUAAUCAUUUGCAAACUGAAAGUGUAAAGUUUCACCAUAUUAGUGUCUUCCAAAAGGCCGUCAUUUUAGGAAGAUGUUGCAUUGUUAUUGUCUUCCAAAAACGUUACUAGCUUUUUAAAAAAGAUAUAUACUUUGUAAUAUGUAAGUGGUUUCCAUUAUCAUUAGGAAUAGUAUUGUGUGCAAUACGGGAAACAAAAUGGCAUCAUCCAUGGAUGAUAUUUGUUUUAAUCAUGAAAUAAGAGAUAUGUGAAACAGUUUAAUACAAUAAUGUUGUUUCUAUUGUGGCUGAGGACUUAUUUUCUGAAACUAAAAAUCCAGAAUUUGUGAGAAAAAUGUUUUUCGGUAGGCUAGUGGUGCUCGCACGCAGGGUAGGGAAAGGAACUGUGACUGCUCAGUUAAAUUGUUAAUUUAUAUAAUUGCAGUGUACCUUUAUGUUACAUUCUUGUUAUUAAGUUUCAGUACUUGUGGGGAUCUAAUACGUAAAGUGAUAGAGACCUAGCCAACACUGGAAAAAUUGUACACAGUUGUAAACUGCGUUGGAGAAAGUAUAGAAGAGUGUAGAAAACAAUGCCAGAAGAUUCAUUAUGUGUUGAUAUCCUUGUUUGUAUGUGACUAAAAUAUUAAGAUAUUCCUUCAGCUUCUCAAAAAUUGCUGUCACCAACCUUGCCAUCUAUCUUUGUCCUAGUGAUGUUGACUACUACUUAGUAGACACUGAACAGAUAACAAGUUGUAUAUUGUGAGCUUUAUGAUUUCUCUCUUAUGCAUCAGAAAGUCUUCUAAAAUUUAUUGUUUAUUUACUGCAGCAAAAAUUGUAUCACUUCAUGAAAAUGGCAUUCACUACACAACAACAUGAGAAUUAUAAAGAAAAAUAGAUAUGGGCAUUUCAAAAUAGUUGAUGCUAUAGCAGAGAUUUAUGGCAAUGGUACAUUAGUACAACUAUUUUCUUCCUGAAGUUUAUAUAAAAUUGUUCUGAGUGAGUGAUGGAAAUUAGUAGUUUAUAAUAUGCCAUACAAAAUAACUAUUAUUCUGCAUGCUUAGAGCUUUACCUCCCAACUGGUAAUUUACUAGACUUUAUUUUUAUAUAAUGUAUCUGCAGUUACAUUAAGUUCCAAGAGAAAAAUAGUACUCUGUGCAACAUAUCGAAUCUCAGUUUAAUUAAAGACAUUCUCAGAGAAAGGAUACGAAAAAUAAUUGUGAUAUGCUUUAAAAUUUCAAUCUCUUGAUAGUCUUUUUGAAAUUAUCUUUUUUAUUCAAUUCUUACUACAUCUAAAAGUACUGCUUUCAAGAGUGUAACAUUAAACUCAUUCUUUUCUGGUCUGCAGUCACUGCAGAACACAGGUCAUCAUUGACAUACAUAUUUCAACAAUUUCAGGUGCAAUUAGAAUUAUCUUGUGAUGGAAAAAGUUGCUACAAAAGAAAUCAGACCUUUAUUAAAAGUCUUGUUGGCAACUGGAAUAUAUGUACAUAUUCAAAAGAUAAUCAUUUUAACAAAUCUGUAGUUUGUUAUUAACUAACCAAGAUUUUUAGCAUAGUUCUUGAGAACUUCUGUAUUUACUACUUGAAGGCAAUGCUUUUUUGGAAUUUUUGUUCAUAGAAAAUGAAGAGGAAAGAAUAAAAAAGAAAGAAACGCUGCAUGCACAUUCUACAACCAAAUUUUUUUGUGUCAGUCAUCAGCAUUGAUCUAAAAAAGAAAUACCUGGGUUAUACAUUUCUUACUUUUACAAUUAUUUUAUGUGACACAGAUACAGAUGCACUGUAGACACUAACAAUCUAUUGUCAUUGUUCCUUUAGGUGCACUGUCUCGUGUGGUUGAUAUCUUUGUCAGUGGUAAUAUUGUAUGUGGAAAUUCCAUCCUUCUUGGCAAAGUGGGUUGUUUUGAUAUUGCAACUGUAUUAUUCCUCUUAACUGCACAGAUAUUUAUGAGUACUGAAGGCCUUGGUCUUUAGAAAAUGAUAUGAGAGUGUGAAGCAUAUGUUCCAACUUUUCCAUUAUAUUUGAGGUUGGCUAGAUACUCUGGCUUUCUUGUGAAGAGUGUAUAGAGUGUGGAUUUGAUGUCCUGAUUAGGAUUGUCAAAACAAGUAGCUAAGAUUGACAAAAGGGAAGCAUAGCUAAUAUAAAAUUGUUUUCACAUCACAUUGUUUAUUACACUGUCCCAGCCAGUUUUUAACUUGUGCUCCUCUUCAUUUCUGUUCUUAAUUCUACUUCAUUGCCACACAAAGAAUACAAGUUCACAUCAUAAAGCUUAGAGCUAAAUGGAAGGUUCUGUUUAAAACUGACUCCCUGUUUCUUAUUUAUUUAUCUUUUUUAAGCUGGCUACAAUUCCAAUUGUACCAUCAUAUUAUAAAAUAAAUAUUGUAUCUGUGAGUUAUAAAUGUCAGUUUCUGUGUGUGCGUGUGUGUGUGUGUGUGUGUGUGUGUGUGUGUGUGUGUGUGUGUGUUUUGUGCAGAGAGAGAUAGGCAUGAAAUGUAAGUAAUGACAUAGGAUUGUUAUUGUUGAAAUUUGUGUACCACCGAAAUACAGCAGCAUGUAUAAUGUGGUUAGUUAUAAAUUGGUCCUAAUCAUGCAGUUCUUGACCCUCAUGUAUAAUUUAUAAUGAGCUUCUAAACUACCUGGACCAAAGGCUGGUAUUGUUUUCCAAAUGUAAAAAACCUGUUACAAAUGUAGGAUAUUUAUAUAAAUGUUAAGAGACUGAUAUUUCAGGAUAUAUGUACUUUUACUGUCUACAGAUGAUUUAGUGUUUCAUAAAGAAUGUUAAUUUUUGUAAGAAUGAUAU